AUGAGGAUCCUUCCACAGGGCUCCUUCUUUCUCGUCCUCCUCCAGUUUUGCAGGCUUCUUUGCGCGGAGUCCGAGCCAUGUCGGGAGGGCUUCCGAGAGACGGAGGUCACCUUCGCUGUUGGACGAAUGGGGCUGGAGCCAGGCCAGGAGCUGGGGCAAGUGGCAUUGAUCAAGUGCCCUGGACAGGUACCGGAACUGCUGAGCACAGAUGAUCAUUUCACCGUGAUGAGCGAUGGGACGAUCUUGGUGAAGCAUCCAUUGUCCCUACCGGACAGGAGAACCUUCUCUGUCUAUGUCAGAGACUCGACUGGCCAGGAAGCCUCUGUCAAAGUGACAGUAAUGAGGGGGCAGAACCCCUCUGAUGAGGAAAAGCAAGUCUUGAAGUCUUCCUCAUCCAGACACAGCCUACGGAGACGGAAGAGGGAAUGGGUUGUACCUCCCAUAUCUGUUUCUGAAAAUGGGAAGGGUCCUUUCCCCCAGAAGCUCAAUCAGCUCAAAUCCAACAAGGACAAGGCCACCAAGAUCUUUUACAGCAUCACGGGUCCAGGAGCCGAUAGCCCCCCUGAAGGAGUCUUCACCAUUGAGAAGGAGACAGGAUGGUUGCUGGUGAACCAACCGCUGGACCGUGAGAAAAUCGCCAAGUAUGAGUUGUUUGGACAUGCAGUGUCUGAGAAUGGUGCCUCCGUGGAAGAGCCCAUGAACAUCUCCAUUGUUGUGAUUGACCAGAAUGACAACAAGCCCCAGUUCACCCAGGAGGUUUUUAAGGGGAGCGUCACCGAAGGAGCCAUGCCUGGUACCUCUGUGAUGCAAGUAUCAGCCACAGAUGCAGAUGAUCCUAACACUCACAAUGGAGCCAUUGCUUACUUUAUUCUGGACCAGAAUCCCAAGGACCCUCACGACCACAUGUUUACCAUCCAUCGAGAGACUGGGGCCAUUAGCGUGAUUGCCAGUGGCUUGGACAGAGAGAGAGUGGCUGAGUAUACGCUGACCAUCCAGGCUGCAGACAUGGAAGGAGAAGGCUUAUCCACCACAGCAUCAGCAGUGGUGGAGAUUGCAGAUGCCAAUGAUAACGCACCUAUAUUUGACCCUCAAAAGUAUACAGCUGAGGUGCCCGAGAACAAGGUUGGGGUUGAAGUUCAACGAUUAACUGUGACAGACCUGGAUGCUCCCAACACACCAGCAUGGAGAGCAGUUUACCAGAUCACACAAGGGGAUGAGGGGGGCCACUUUGCCAUAGCCACAGACCCAGAGAACAACCAGGGCAUCUUAACAACCAAGAAGGGCUUGGACUUCGAGACCAAGAACCAGUUCACCCUUUACGUCGUAGUGUCCAAUGAGGCUCCUUUUGUGGUGAAGCUUCCCACGUCCACGGCCACAGUCACGGUCAACGUGGCAGAUGUGAAUGAAGCCCCUGCCUUCCUCCCUCCCACUAAAGUAGUAGAUGUCUACGAGGGUGUUCCUAUGGGGGAGAAGAUCUACACCUACACUGCCCAGGACCCUGACAGGCAGCAAAACCAGAAGCUCAGCUAUCAAAUUGUAAGUGACCCUGCAGAGUGGCUAAUGAUUCACCCAGAGAGUGGAGAUAUCACUGCCAAGGGCCUCCUAGACAGGGAAAAUGAACACUUUGUCAGCAAUAAUACCUACAAGGUCACAGUCUUGGCCAUUGAUGAUGGAAACCCUCCUGCCACGGGCACUGGUACCCUCCUGCUGACCCUCGUGGAUGUGAAUGACCACGGUCCCAUCCCGGAGCCUCUCCAAAUCACCAUCUGCAACCAAAAGACUGUGCCUCAGGUGCUAAACAUCACUGACAAGGACCUGCCCCCCCACACCAGUCCCUUCCGGGCUCAGCUCACUCACGAUUCUGAUAUUUACUGGAAUGCAGAAAUGAAUGAGAGAGGAGAUGCUGUGGCCUUGUCCCUGAAGAAAUUCCUAAAGAGUGACGAUUAUGAAAUCUAUCUUAGUCUGUAUGACAACCACAACAAAGACCAGCUGACCGUGAUCAAGGCAAAAGUGUGUGACUGUGAGGGCCACGUGUCCAUCUGUCCAGGGGCCUGGAAGGGUGGCUUUGUCCUGCCUGUCCUGGGAGCUGUUUUAGCUUUGUUGAUCCUCCUGCUUGCCCUCCUAUUGUUGGUGAGAAGAAAGAGGAAAAUCAAGGAGCCCCUCCUGCUUCCAGAGGAUGACACCCGGGAUAACGUGUUCUACUAUGGCGAGGAGGGAGGCGGUGAAGAGGACCAGGACUACGACAUUACUCAGCUUCAUAGAGGCCUGGAUGCCCGACCAGAAGUGAUUCUCCGGAACGAUGUGGUGCCCACCUUCAUCCCUCCCCCCCUGUACCGACCCCGUCCAGCCAACCCAGAUGAGAUUGGCAAUUUCAUCAUUGAGAACCUGAAGGCAGCCAACAGUGACCCCACAGCUCCUCCGUAUGACUCGCUGCUGGUGUUCGACUAUGAAGGAAGUGGUUCGGACGCCGCCUCCCUGAGCUCCCUGACAUCUUCCAACUCGGACCAGAACCAGGAUUAUGACUAUCUGAACGAAUGGGGCAGCCGAUUUAAGAAGCUGGCCGACAUGUACGGCGGAGGGGAAGAUGACUAGCAGGGGCUUUGCUCGCCUUGGACAGAAUUCAUUCCUUGCUCUCUGGACCCCACUCCCAGGAGGAGCAUAUAGUCGUACCUCAGAGAUAACGUGACUCUUCUGCCCUAAGAGCAGACUCGAUGCAUCAUUUGGCCCGGAGAUAUUUCAGAUCUUCUGACUUUGUCAAGAAAGUGACUUUACUAUGAGUGCUUUGCUCUCAAGAAUCUGGAUGAAUCUGAUGGAAAUUCGGAACGAUCUAGACAGCAGAUCUGCUGGGAUUCUUCUUCUUUGAGUCUGUAGAUAAUCUACACCCCUGCCUACUAAAAAUCCCUGGCCAUCAUCGCCUCCCGGCCAUUUGUCUGACCUCUACACGCUCUGAGUGGCACUUAUUCACCCAGUGUCUGUUAACACUCUCCAUUCUCUUCUGCCCCAUGUUUGGAGACAGCAGCCAAACGGUGCCCAGAGAGAAGCUGGGCGUCUUUUAUUUCUUCAAUUUCUUUCUUUAUUUGGAGAAAGGAGAUGCAGCUCAGAAGCCGAUGAAUCAUCCCCAAAAUUGUAGCCAUGGGAAGUUGUGUGGUUUGGUUUUUUUUUCCCGCCAAGACAAUGACAGCAUUUUUUAUAUAGAAUAUCCAUGGGCUACUUUUCUGUUUUGUUUUUUUUUUAUUAUAUAUAUCUGUGUGUGCGUGUGUAUGUGUGUGUGAAGUAGAUGAAGUGUCAUGCUAAAUGAUGACAAUCAUGUAAACGUACCAAGACUUUUUAUUAAAGAAACUUAACAAAA